UCCAAGUUUCAUCUAUAGUUUUCCAAACUCAUUCGAGAAAAUGUCAUGGGAGUUAUAGAUAGGGUAAUGCAAACGGUUUCUUUUGUGAUUUUGAUGACAACAUAGCGGACUGUUUAAAGCAACUCUCACUAUACGGGUGGAUUAUUGGCCUAAAAUGGCGAAAUCUCCAGCCAGUCUUACACCGGAAAGUGACUUUAACAAACUGCAGCCAACUCAGGGCUUCCGCUACACAGACGAGGCAUUCAGUGAUGAGCUCUGUGCCUUUUUACAAAGUCAACGAAACGACGAGGUUCUUUGUGACGUAACACUGAGACACAACGAAAGGAGAAUUCCCUGUCACAAGGUGGUGUUGGCGGCGAGAAGUCCGUACUUUAGGCAUCUAUUUAUUAAUUCAGAGUCUGGGCAAUACGUCAAGAAUGUAGAAUUGCCGUCCUACUUCAGCAUUCUUGCCGUAGACGAAGUCAUCAACUAUUUAUACAGUGGAAAAUUACAUUUUACCCCAACAAACACUGUGGACAUUUUCAAGUGCGCGUUGCACAUUGAGCUUGAUGCGCUUGUCAAAGAGUGUGCGUUUGUGUUGGAGAGAUUCCUAACGCCAGUCACGUGUUUGACGUAUCGUGCCUUGGCAGUGACGUACGGGUUAAGGCAGCUGAAGCAUCGGUGUUGGCGAUUUCUGUGUCAGCGGUUUAGUGAUGUUUGUAGUACCCAAGAGUUUCUGGAACUUUCUGAGGAAGAACUUGCUGAGGUUCUGGUUAGUGAUGCCAUCAUGCCUUGCGGGGAAAUUCAGGUUUUCGAUAGUCUCUUGCGCUGGACGGAGACCGAUCGACAGAAUCGUGGCCUACACUUCCCCAAACUGCUCCACCUCGUGCGACUUCCAUUUCUUGAUAAUGACACCCUUCUCAGGCGAGUCGAGCCAGAACCUCUCGUCCAGCGGUCUCCGACGGCAAAAGAUCUGGUGAUGGAAGCAAUGAGGUACAAUAUGGCAGACGAGGCAUUACGUCACACGCUGCAAUCCCCACGUACCGCUCCACGUACAUAUCAACGCCUUCGAAAGGUUAUCGCGUUUCUUGGAGGUCGCCUUGGGAGGGAGAGGAUGGGAACCCUGUGUUAUGAGCCUACGAGCAACUCCUGGUCCACUCUAGCCGCUGCACCCGUCUCGCUGACAAACCAUAGCGUGGUGGAGAGUGAUGGUGUAGUGUACACGUGCGGCGGGUCCAUCGAAGGAAAGGCAUCUCUUGUUCUCCAAGACCAAGUACUGUCAUUUGACACGCAUGACAAUACGUGGAUACCGCUGGCACCUAUGCAGAUAGCACGGGCACAGUGUGUGACUUUAGCUUAUCAAGGCCUUGUCUACGCCAUAGGCGGAAUGACUGACAACCCAACAGAGACCGCCGAGGUAUACAAUCCCAUCAGAAACACGUGGUCAUUCGUGCCAGUCCCACGCAUCCCUCGUCGUAACCACGCAGCCGUUGCCACGGAAACUCAUCUUUACGUCAUCGGGGGUGACAGUGACGGAAUUGAGCCUACAGUAAGUGUGGAAAGGUUCGAUCCAGCGGCUUCAGCUUGGAAUUUUGUGCUACCCAUGAGCUGCGGAAGGAGCGGAGCUUGCGCAGUAGUGAGAGAUAACAAGCUGCACGUGAUUGGUGGAUGGAAUGGGUACCAGACCAUUGUGCAAUGCGAGACGUUGGACCUUACCACGCAACGUUGGAGCAAAAUGGCCGAUCUGAACGAGUGUAGACAACACGCCCAGGCGGUGAUGAUUGAUAGAACAAUCUACGUAAUUGGUGGUCACGAUGGCAACAAGCACGUAGACUCUAUCGAGUAUUAUGAUUCGUCGUUGUGCAAGUGGCAGCUAUUGAGGACUAUGCCCCUGUCGAGACGGGGCUAUAAAUGCGCGUCAUUUCAAGUGCUGGAUAAAUAUCUGAUACCUGUUGACAUACCAAGUAAUGGCGGCCUCUGAUGAUGGAGUAGCUCAAUCCUGAUGCCUCUCGAACCUUCGCCAACUUGAGCCUUCUGCUAAGUCGAGCAAAAAGUAAUCUUGGAUUUGCUUCGUACAAUUCUGUGUCUUUACCCCCAAUCACUCGAACUUUUAAUAAGGGUAUUGCUAAUAUCUAAUUAAGGUGAUGACAAUUAGUAAUAGGUUUAUUUUUAUAAUCUAAAAGGAAUACAGGUGGUAUUUAUUAUGGACCAUCACGUUAUUACAAUAAUUGUUGAGACACUUAUCGAACCGAGACAAAAUGCAAUGUCGUGUAUAUAUUCAAAGCCGGCCAUAUAUUCAUAGUUGAGUAAGAGGAUAACUGCCAACAUCUAAAGUUUAACUGAA